AUGCUUUGCCUCCUGGAAGGAAGUAUCGGGGUUAGCCACAUGCUGAUUAUUUCGACCUCAAAGUAUAAGAGUUGGGAUCUGGUGUUGUGGUGUGCGACUUUACUUGUCAUCGGAAGAACCUCAUUGCUCUUGACACUGUGUGAACCUAUGCAUACAACUCUCGAUUCUCACAACACACAAAAACAUGAAGAGUUUCAUUCUCAAGAGUUCAACAAAACCAUAUGA